CUUCUUCUUCAGCGCCAGGACCUCCUUCUUCAGGAGAGCGCCCCAGGGCAAGCCCCGCGCCGGCGGGCAAGCGGUGGAGAAAGAGAAGGAAACCCACAAUUACCUCAGCGGUAAGAGGAAAUCAAAGAGAAAGUUCAUAAAUACAACGCAGCUGUCACAGACACGUUGAAGAUGACCUUGAAUUCAAACGGGAUUUACACCGGCUUCAUUGACGUUCAGAUGGAACUCUGCAAACCUUCACAGACUUCUGGAAAGCUCGCUCCCAGCAGCAAUGGCUGUAUGAACACCCUCCAUGUCAGCAGCACCAACACCGUCGGGGAAAGGAUCGAGGCCCUGCUCAGGAAGUUUCUCGUGGCCGAGGGCCCCACCAAGUUUGCACGUUAUAAGCGCUGUCACAGGGAAGAUCAGGUCUGUGCCUGCAAGCUCGCAGGCCGGGAACAUCCACUCUACCUGCGUUUGGUGGCAGCGCCCAGGACAGACACACUUCGUUUUGUUCCUCGUGAACAUGAAAUUGGAGAGUGGGGAGCCUGCAGCCUGCUGGAGCUACAGAAUUUCUUGCGGAUCUUGGGAAAGGAAGAAGAUGAGCAGCUGCAGAACCUGAAGGAGCGCUAGGCAGCCUACAGACACAAGCUGGAAGAAGCCCCCAGCGCGGGGUGCAAACCCGGGUAAAGCCUGGGGCUCCCUGCCCCUCGGGGACGGCGCGGGACCUGCGUGCAAACCAGCAGCCAGUGUCUCUCUUGUCGGAGGGCGGUUUUCUUGCCCCAUGAUGCUAGGGCCUUUCCCCUUGAAAAAUCUCUAGAUCUAGUUCCCCAGACCCGUCACGCAGCAUCCUGAACCUUGGGCGCCUCUGUCAGGGAUUCUGCAAGCUUGUUCUGUUAGGCUCUGCGGCCUUACCUCUUGGCAAGCUGUGAACCUGUAGUCUCCUCUGGAGCAUUCUAGAGUGCUUUGAAGCAUGGAUGCUGGUUUGUUGUUGUUGUUAUUUUUCUUAUUUUCUUUUAGUUUUUUAAGUAUGUGAUGAUGAUGUUAAGCUUAAGCUUGUGCAAAUGAUUUUUUAAAAGCUUAACGAGGAAUCUAUCCGAGUGCUUAUGUUGAAACGGCCUGUCUGUUAUUGUGGGGUUUUUUUGUUUUUGUUUUUGUUUGUUUGAUGUCAGAGGAAAGGAUCCAUGUGAAUUGAAGGACAUAGGAAGCCAGGAACUGUAAGGAAUUGGUGAAGGAUUUUGGAGGAGUCUGACAAAGUAAAGAGCAAGCUUGGAAGAAAGCAGGGGUGGAGGUGGAGAGCCCCAAGGGGAGGUGGUUUGGGUACGUGGAUGGGAGAGGAGGAGGUGAAUUUGCAUGUAAAUGAAUUAAAAGUUUUCUGUUUAGAGACAUUAAAUCCAUUGUCAUAUUGCUUGAU